AUGACCACCGCCAUCCAAUCACCCACCUGGACCUCCUCCACGCCAUCCUCCCACGGCCGAUCGCUCACGCAGAUCUCGCUCCCUCUUCUCCACGCCCUCACAUCCACCGACCUCUCGGCCGCCGCCCGCCUCGCCCAUCCCAUCACUCUGUCUCCGUACCUCUCAUCCCCAAGCUGCCUAUCCGUAUGGACUCGCCGUAUUCGCCAAAUCGAAGCGGCGCCCGCCGACGCGCCAUGGGUUACUAGGCUCCUCGUAUACGCUGGGGAAGCUGUAGGCCGCGCGGGCUUCCAUGGGCCGCCGGACGAGCGAGGCAUGGUCGAGGUCGGGUAUGAAGUGUGCGUUGAUCAUCGUAGACAAGGGCAUGCCCGUGCUGCAAUGCUCAUUAUGAUGGGUGUUGCUGUAGAGGAGCCUGCUGUAAAAGUUAUACGGGCGACGUUUACGCCGGAUAAUGCUGCCUCGCGGGCCUUGAUUGAGAGUUUUGGGUUCGUGCAUACGGGGGAGCAGAUGGAUGAUGAGGAUGGAUUGGAGCUUAUUUAUGAAACGAGCAAAGAGGAUAUGAGGAGACAGUUGAGAAAGUGGUCAUUACAAGAAUCGGAGGUUGUUACUUUUACUAGCUGA